GGCGGGGUUACAAAUAACUGAUGACAGGGUGUGGCUAGGGCGGAGACAGGACCAAAACACAACAGUAGCACAUGGCUGGGAAACAGGAGCACAUGGGACCAAAUGAGGGAAAAACACGAGGCAGACAUGGGCUAAGCUGUGACAAUAAGUUUAUCAGAGUUACCAGCCCCAGAAACCACAAUUUAAAAGAAUCCCAGAUAAGAUACACGUAAAUAUUUCACUGAGUAUUUUGUUUUGUUCAACACUUUUAAGUUUCUACACGAUUCCUUAUGUGUUCCUUCUGGAUGAAGUCUGGAUGACUUUAGUAUUAAUUUACAGUAGAUUUUUUUUUUUUGUGGAACUCAGUAAGGGAGUGGUUAGAUCAGGCUACUGGUGCAACACUGCUGAUGAGUGGCAGCAUCUGAAACAUCCGCCUCUAGAUUCUGCUGAUCUGGUACUGAAGUGUAUCCAUGAGAAACAAAUCGGAGGCCAUGAGAAACAAAUCGGCUAAAUCCAGACCCUGUAGAGUAUUCGGACGCAGGCUAGUGAGUGGAGCUUACAGCAGAUCUGGAGGUCGUGGGCCUAUAAAUACACACGCACGCACAAUAAGCACACACACAAACAUACACACACACACACACAUACACACACACCUAUAAUAUUUCUUUGCUCUUCUUGUUUAAUCCCCCCGUCUCGUCAGAUACUUUUAAUAGGAGGCCGGUGUGGACGCUAAAGGGGACACAGGGGGUGCGGAGUGUAUGUGUAGGGGAUUGAGUUUCAGUAGCACUGUACUGAAGCCCCUCUCUCUCUCUCAGCUUCAGUCAGAUCAGAGUCUGUCAGAGAAAGAGGGGGACUACAGUAACUCUCCACAGCCUUUCAUUCAACACACACCUCUCUCUCUCUCUCUCUUUCUCUCUCUCUCUCUCUCUCUCUUUCUCUCUCUCUCUCUCUCUCUCUCUUAUCCAGCCGCUCGAUCCAGGGCCAGUAUGACCACUCCGAGCUCCAGUGGACUUGAGGUUCUUCUGAACACACUGCAGAAUGCUGGAGACCUCGAGAGCACCCUUAACAUCCUCAACGUGCUGGAUGAGCUGCUAUCUGCAGGCACAGACAGACGGAUUCACUACAUGAUCUCGAAAGGAGGCAGCGAGGCGCUCUUGAUGGCGCUGGUGAACACGGCCAGUUCCUACAGCCCAAACUACACCCUCCUGCUGCCCAUCCUGCACCUGCUUGCCAAGGUGGGCCACAGAGAUCGGAGGAUUGGUGUGAAGGCAGAGAAGGUGGAUGCAGUUUUGGUAAUACUCAGAUUGCUCCGGCAUAAUGUAAAGAACUCCAGAAGAGCUGCCGCCUGCCUGUGGGUCAUCAGGGUCUUCUGCUCCUCCGUUUCCACAGCAACCCUGCUGGGGCAGAACCGAGCUCUUGAUGUUGUUUUUGAUCUGAUAGCCCCACCCACUGCAACACACACACACACAAUCAAGGCUGCUAUCGAUGCCUUUGCUGCACUGUUAAGCUCAAAGGAGAACUGCCGCACGGCUGCAGGUAAAGGUUAUAUCGCUGGCCUGCUGAAGCUGUACGAGGACUGGCACACGCACGACUCUGAGCACGAGCAUCUCCAGAUCCGCCGGGCCUUCCUGCACUGUCUGCACAAAGCCACCAAAAUCUGCCUGGGCCGGACUGCUCUGGUCACUGACGGAGGCAUCGACCUGCUCUACACAACCGUACAGAGCUGCUUGUUGAGUAAGGCGGCUGAGAGUCUGGUGGAGCCCUCAGUGCAGCUCAUGAGGAAAUGCUACCCUAAGAUUCCUCUUCCCCUGACCUCCGACCACAGUGCAUACAGUUUCCCUCUGCCCGGCCGGCCUCUGGGAGUCUGGGAAGACGAUCCUGGAGUCUAUGAUGGCAGCUUUGAGGAUGACAGUGAUGAAGAGCAAGAAAAUGAAGAAUCUGACUGCCGGGAUUUUGAGGAUGACCUGGAGUCAGAUGUGGGCAGCCUGACGGCUCGGCCUGAGCCGGACCGGCCGCUGGAGCAGCUGCAGCAGUACACACACCUGUUCCCUGAACUACAGCACGACUUCCAGGAUCUGGAAUCAGACUCUGAACCUGAAGAAAGCUCAGAUGAGGAACUUCUGAACGGAGACUCUGAGGAGAAAACCAAAAGCUGCAGGAGAUCCACAGAGAAUUCCAGGGUCUCUCCAUCUUGUUCUUACCCGGAAACCCUCACUUCCAAUGGGAAGAACCCAGAUCAGGAUGGAAGGAGGUGCCUGAAUGCCAGAGAUUUCCGGAGCUUCAGCUGCCCCCAGACUCCAGAGGAUGGCAGUGGCAGCAUGGUGGAGAAGCUGCUGGAGAAGUAUGGCUCCUUUAUCCCCCACCAUGACCCUCGGUUAUACAUCGCUGCAGCUGCUCAGACCAAGUCCGUCACCGACUAUUCAAUCUUGGCCUUCCCUGAUUUCUGGGGACAUCUGCCUCCUUUAGGACCUGAACCAAUGGCAAACAGGAAGCCUCAUGUUCAGAGAAAGAAAGUGUUUGAAGAUGUGCAGCGCCUCCUCUGCCCUGAAGACAUCAUCAAUAGAGUGGUGUUUGAUAUGGAAGACACCAGUGUGCAGUGCUCCUCAGAUGUCCCGACAGAUUCAUUGCGAUUUUUCUCCAAGUUUGAGAGCGGAAACCUGCGUAAAGCCAUUCACAUCCGCAGAUAUGAAUAUGAUCUGAUCCUGAACGCUGAUGUGAACUCCUCCUCACACCAUCAGUGGUUUUAUUUCGAGGUCAGCGGCAUGGUGGCCAAUGUCCCAUAUCGCUUCAACGUCAUCAACUGUGAGAAAAGCAACAGCCAGUUCAACUACGGUAUGCAGCCAGUCCUGUAUUCAGUAAGGGAGGCGCUGGAAGGAAGACCACACUGGGUUAGAGCUGGAACUGAAAUAUGCUACUACAGGAAUCAUUUCUGCCCGAACCGAGGUCAGAGAGCUCCCUCUUUCUACACCCUGACCUUCACUGUGACCUUCAGGCAUGAGGAGGAUGUGUGCUACCUGGCCUAUCAUUACCCUUAUACCUUCUCAGCCCUGCAGUCUCACUUGAAGGAUCUGGAGCGGUCAGUGGACCCUCGCAAAGUGUUCUUCAGGCAGCAGACGCUGUGUAACACACUCGCGGGGAACUCCUGCCCACUUAUUACCAUCACGGCCUGCCCACCAUCCAGAGCCUGGAGAAACUUACACCAGCUACGGAACCGGCCCUACGUGGUUCUGACUGCGAGGGUCCACCCUGGGGAGAGCAAUGCCAGCUGGGUAAUGAGAGGCAGUCUGGAGUUCCUGUGCAGCAACGACCCGGUGGCUGAGAGUCUGAGAGAGGCCUUCAUCCUAAAGAUCGUACCAAUGCUGAAUCCAGACGGAGUCAUCCACGGCAAUCACCGGUGCUCUCUCAGCGCUGAUGAUCUGAACAGACAGUGGCUGAAGCCGAAUCCCAGCCUGAGUCCCACCAUCUACCACACCAAAGGCCUCCUCUACUACCUCAACAGCAUCGGACGAAAACCACUGGUGUUCUGUGAUUAUCACGGUCACUCCAGGAAGAAGAAUGUGUUUCUGUAUGGCUGCAGUGUGAAGGAAACACUGUGGCAGUCUGGAUCUCCCGUCAACACAGCCUCACUAAAAGAGGACCCAGGAUAUAGAACCAUUGCUAAAACUCUGGACCGGAUUGCUCCAGCGUUCUCUUUCAACAGCUGUAACUUCUUGGUGGAGAAGUCUCGGGCCUCCACGGCGCGGGUGGUGGUGUGGAGGGAGAUGGGAGUGCUGCGGAGCUACACCAUGGAAAGCACCUACAACGGAUGUGACCAGGGUAUCUACAAGGGCCUGCAGACAGGUACUCGAGAGCUGGAGGAGAUGGGUCAGAACUUCUGCCAGAGUCUGCUGACCCUGCGGAAAAAUGCUAUCAGUUACAACAGCCGGUUGGUCAGCCAUGCGGCCGCCAUCCUGGACCUGGACAACAGCCUGCUGGACCACAAAUCCCACAAUUGUUUUGAGGAUGAUGAGCCUCCGUGUGCGGAGAGCAUCGAGUAUUCGUGCUACAGCGAGCCACAGAGAGCUGAGGAGCUGGACGCUGAGGUUAAUGGAAACACGUCAAGCACUGAGGAGGAGGGGGAGGAGGAGGAAGAGGAGGAGGAGGUUAAGGAGGAGCUGAGAAAUGGCAGGAGACGCAGCCAGAGGAAAUCCAGUGUGUUGUCCCACAUGUGCCGGCAGGAUUCCCUAGAGACUCUCAGUAUGAAGAGCAGCGCAUGCAACGGCAUCAACAUCAGCAACACUUACCUGAGUUAGAGUGACAGCGUGUGUGUGUGUGUCUGUGUGUGUGUGUCUGUGUGUGUGUGUGUGUGACUGCUAUCUUCAGUGUCAGUGAAGAUGUUUGUGUUAGAGUAGACCUUACCCAGUAGGUCACAAGUUUGGGGACAUACAGUUUUUGCAUAAAGUAUUCAAAAAGAGUUAAUUUAGAUUUUUUUGAGUAACUGUCUCUACUUUCUAGGAAAGGGUUUCUACUAGAUUUUAGAGCUUUGCUGUAAGAAUUUGUUUGCCUUCAGUGGCUAGUGCAUUAGUGAGUUUGGGAUUUUGGAUAAACACCAGCCCACCUUAACCCUGUCAACUGCCCAACUCAUCCCAAAAGAAUUGGAUGGAAUCUAAGGUUGCUAUAAAUAUCAUUUUAGCAUCGAUAUCGCAAUUAUAUAGACAGUUUUAAUGAGGAAAACAAUAACAAGGCUACUGCGCAUGUCUGUUCCUUUGACGUUUCCGGUGGCGCUAUUUUCAAGUAUACAGCUGUCAAAAUGAGAGCGCAUAUUUCGCAUGUCUCCCGAAAACAGAGCAAACAUAUGUUCAGAAAUUAGUAAAAAGGGAUCAAACCUCUUUUCCUGAUCCGUUUGAUAAGGAUUUAAGAGGGACGUUUUUCCUCUGAUUUAAAACGCUUGCCCGAGGUGACCUACCCAGAUGUGAUCACUACCUUGUUUAUGGAGUGAAUUUUGUGCCAAA